GCUUGGGUCACCUGUGGAGAAACCUUCACAAAUAUGAAAUAUUAUAAACAAACCAUAAUAACCAUUGAAUGGUAUGAGCCGUAUGACCAAACAAAACAAGCUGAGAAACAUGUUCCGGAUUCCAUGUAUCAAAUAUUCUCACUGCCACAUGUACAAAUAUAAUACUUGAAUGCUGAUAUGGAAAAGAAUCAAGGAUAUUCGACCACUGUAUCAUUAAAACCGUUUGUUCAUCAAGUUGGUGGACAUUCCUCCAUUCAGCAGUUCGAUGAGUAUACGGUUUGCAAGCCGUUGUUUUCAAAGGAACUUCGAUUCUACCAGGAAGUGUGUCCGCUAUUCAAGCCUUUCAUUCCAGAAUUCAAAGGUGAGAUUGCAACAUUUUGGAAUUUUAUAAGUGCUCUCGAAUUCGAAUGAGCAGUUCGAGAUUGAUUGUGGUUUAAUUUAAAAUGAAUCACACCCGCAUGAUCUUUCGUCAGAGCAAAAUGUCAACAUAUGAUUAUUUUUAUGUAUAUUGAAUCAUCUAUUCCACAAAAAAAUUAUCUGACUCGGGAAAAUUAUAUUAAAUAGUCGCUUAACUUCAACUAUAAAUACAAAAUAUAUGUAAACUAAUUUCACUUCCGGUUUUUAGCGACAUGGCAAAUACACAGCAUAAGAUUAUGUUUAUAUAAGGGAAAAUCAUGUAUACGUGAAAUAUCAAAUGUUUUAUGAUGGGCUUUUACUGUUGGAAAUUAAAUGAUACAGUUGCGACGUUUUUGUAUUGUCAUGUACAAUACAUUAUAUUUGAAAUUUUUAUCAACAAAAUUUAUAGCUCUCCUGCUGGGAUAGCUAUGUAAUGCAUUGUCAGUUUAAUAGCCCCUGCUACUGGCAGAUAAAGCGCACAGAAUGAUAAAGGUUACAUGUAAUUAAUGUCAAUAUGUAGGCUUGGCCUGACUUGGGGUAUCGGCUGGCUGUGCCAAUUCCAAGUGAUACCCAUCCCAAGGUGACCAUGUCAACGUUUUACUCUGACAAUUUUACCAAUCUCGAACCCCGAGCCUGCAUUCCUUAUGGCCUGUGGCCCUAAAAAACUGUAUGCGGACCUAACUGCACAUGCGUUUGGGAAAGCAAAACAAUUUUUUUUAAAUAUUUUAAUGUUUCGUCUAUAAACCAUAAUUUUUUUUGGUUUUUGUGGAAAUGUCGAUGUUCUUCAUAGUGGAAUACAAGUGGUGUAUUAGUGACUGAAUAAGGAAAAUAUUGCGUGUGAAGCAGGGUCAGUAUAGAGCCAUCAGGAGCCGUGAAGAGUGCUGUUGUCAAAGAAAAUUGUUGUCACAAUUAAUUGUACAUAUCUUGCCCAUUCUCUUUUGUGUCAGUACAUGGCAUUUAAAUGUACAGACAUUUGUGGCCUCCAUCUAAUUUAGCCAUUUAAUGCAUAAUAAUUGGGGGCAAUUUGCCCCAGGCCCCCAGCUAAGGGGAACCCCAAAUAAGGAUAAAGUAAAAUAAUUGUUCUAAAAGCUCAAGAAUAAGGAAAUCAAUCUCCAAAAGAGCAUAAUUUCAAGAAUCUUUGAUGAUAGUAAAUGUAUCCGUGCAGCCCUGUUUAGUGCUGUUUUGUUAUGGCAUUUGGUUACAACACUGUUACAAUAGCAUAUCAUAGAUUCACAUUUUCAAAGUUAUUUCCAAAUAGUAGCAUGCACACUUCUACAAAAAUAGUGCAAAUGCCUGGUUUACACUAUGUCUGGAAAUGUGCCACCGGUACAAAAUUGCACUAAUAAAUACACAAAUAGUGUUGCGAUUAUCACUAGAUAUUAAUCCAUUAAGUGGCAAUUUGCCCCGAUAUAUGCCCUACUUUAUUAUUUUACUCUGUCUAAUGCCAGAAUAUAAACUUUAUAAACAAAAGAUAAUGUAAAACGUAACAGAACGGCCGAACAUGCAGAUUCGUGGCCAUCUCAAAUAAUGGUAAUGUUGGGAUAGUAGCGUUGCAGACUUCAGAGGAGAGUGGGCAGUAGUGCUACCUCAUGCACUACCCCAUGGAAAACAUGCACCCCUCCUUGCAGAUGAUCAUGAGCUAGAUCAGCUCCUGGCAUGGUAAUAUUCUUCUGGUCGGAAAAUAAAUGAAGUAAAGCGGGCACUUUUUAACCAAUUUGAAGAAUACAGAAAGAACUUCGACAUCUUGAGUGAAGCACUGAAGGGCUUUCGUCUGAAAACACAUGGCAUUUUGUAUCGGGGAAAUAUACAUACAUGACUGUGCUUUUAAUUUAUAUACCCUGGGGGUGGACAGGCCAAGUUUGGAAAUGAGACGAAUUGCACUAUGUCUUAAGCGGCAUCAUUGCUACCAGAAUUCAGGAAGAGGACACAAGGCUCAAUUUUUAUAUCCCAAAUAUUGUGAUUGCCAGUCUAUUAUAUCCGAAAUAUUGUGAUUGCCAUGUGAUUGUCUAUAUUGAUAUGUUUGCGAUAGGUUGGUUAGCAUCGUUGCUCAUGACUGCUAAUGGAAUUACACGGUUUGUGUACUGUUUUAGGGGAAUUACACGGUUUGUGUACUGUGUUAGGGGAAUUACACGGUUUGUUCAAAGUUGUCCAGAACCGUAUUCAAAAGAAGUUUGGAUUCGCCAAGGCCCGCAUUGCCAAUGGUGAUAACAUUUGCCAUGGAAAUUUCGAAACCAGUCAGCACACCUGUUAAUGCAGGAACAAAGCUGAAGAAAACAACAGAAGUCGGUGACGAGAAUGUCAUCUAUUGCUUUACCUGUCCACAAAAAGAUCUGAUGUUAAUAGGAAUUUAGUUUCCUCCCGCUGCUAUCCUCCCUUGCCUUUAUGUUAGUAAUAUACUCUAGUUUAUUAUUAUUAUUAUGAGGAAAGUCGGAAAGAUCUAUUAAAUCAAUAAUGAGCAAAGUCGCAUGUUUCUACGGCACGUUUCUGCAGCUUUAUGCCGAGGCAAAGGAGGAGCACCGGGCAGCUGUUAAGCGGCUCGUGAGGUAUCUGAUUGAAUUAAAUUCGGGACAUCGACUGGGGAGCAAAAGUCAGCAUCGGAUAUGUCUUUCAGAUCAGCAACGCAAUCGUUUAUAGAUGAAGAAAUAAGAAAAAAAUAAUUUGUCGUCAGUCGCCCUCUCCACCCUAAAACCUGAAUACAUGGCGCUAGCAUGUGUAGAUGCGACUGAUCCUUCGAGCAAUCGGCAUGUUGCCCAAGUAUAAGAAUGCAAUUCACAUGUUAAAUACAAUUUCAUUCCAAAACUUGUUGCUAUAGUGCGAUACUGUGAUCAUGAUCGCAAAACAAUUUACUGUGGAACUAUAAUACCAGCUACGUGACGUUAAGUGUACAACCAAGGUUAAAAAGGUGCUUGGAAUAAUGAACAGUUAAGUUUCAAAUACACUCUCUAAAGAACCGUCGGGUGUUGAAAAUACACUCUCUAACACUUCAUGUUAUUUAUAUUGCGUAUUCUUGUGGGUGUGUACAAGUAACUUAAUCCCAUGACCAAAAUUAACAUUCUGUAUAAAAAUCUGGCGACAGAACACUUUGUUUUGAACUAUAGUCUCGUUUGAAAUGAACUGAUAUACAAUACAGUUAUAACAAGCAUAUAUGUACAGUAAUCAGUAGUUAGUGAGUUUUCUUUCCCAAGAUUUUCUAGCGAAAAUGUGCAAAUCGCGUAUUUUACUGUAUUUUAGGUGUUGUUAGUGUGAAAAAUGUUGAAGGAGAUAGUAGAUGUCAAACGGUCAGUUUGGACGAAAAAAUCGAGCUUCAUAUUUACAGAUAUGGUAAACACUGUAGCUCUUGUACCUGUCAACAGAAAGGUGAAAGAGAUACAAAUGAAAUAUGCGAAGAAGGUUUAAGCAAGAUUCCAACUGACCGUGGACCAGAUGGGUAUGAGAAGAGAAUGACUAAUGUUACUUCGUUUAAAUUUGGGGAUUCGUGCAUGCAUGGUCAAGGCUUUCAGUGUCACUUUAAGUAAGCGGCUAGGUAUAGGCGGUUGUCCGCAAUGAAGAAGUCGUUUUACAAAUCAAAUGAUAUUUGAUGGAAUUGCAAGUGUACUGUACAGUAGUCAUUAUUUUUGUCCACGUUCUUGUGCUUAAUGGACAAACCGACCAUGCAUGUAGCUGAACUUAUUCAACAACAGUUUAAGUACUCAUAAAAAAGAUAUAUUAAUGCAAAUAUCAUUUUUAUACAGUAAACUAUAGUUGUUCUAAAAAAUCGUGUUCGGAAAUUUUUGUUUAUUUCGUCAUUCCGCUGAUAUGGCGAUUUCUUUGACGACUGCAGUAUAUUUCUGAAUCGUUUGAGUGAAUUACUCCUUAUUAUUAAAAUAUCCAAAAUUAGAAAAAAGCCGAACACGAUUUUGAAACUGACGUCUUUAGCUGUGUCCUGUGAAAAUUUGAGAAAAAUUCGUUAAAACCCGCAGGAGAACAACUCGUUUGAAAAUCAGUAAUUGUCGUAAAAUCCUUCGGGAGAAAAUUGAAUUUGAAUAUUACAUUUUCAAUGUUUUUCUUAUUGCAACGACAUGUGUUUUAUAAAAUAACUCUGCGGGUUUUCAACAUUUUUCGUUCAAACUUGGUCAGAUAGUAGAACUAGUCUAAUGCUUUCAUCAAAAUUCACACUCAAAGGUGUUCUGUAACCUUAAUGGGCAAUUGAGCAGUAAUACUAGAUUCCCCUUAUUACGUUUUCGUAGCGCUUUGCAUUGUGGUUAUAGUGGUAUCACUGAUAUUCAAGAUGGAUUAUUUUUUGUUCUGACCCGUGCAAGAACUUUUCAAAAGAGCUAGGGUCAGGUGCGCGAUAGCCAACAGCAAAGUAUUCGCGAAAACAUUCAAUAUUUUCAUUCGAGGCCGCUAUCUUUAUCAGUGAUACCACUAUAACCACAAUGCAAAGCGCUGCGAAAACGUAAUAAGGGGAAUCUAGUAUUUUGCAGCUCUGCUUGUAUUUCAUGCAUUCAGUGUCCAUUCUGUAUCAUUCUGUGUCAAAUUUUAACAUAGUUUAUUUUGUCAUUUUAGUUGUGUGUUGAAUAGUAAUCAUGACCAUAAUUUUGACGAUUCUUCAUUAGGUAAGAUCUAUGUUUACCUCGUUUUAAUACCUUUAUUUAGGUCGAUUUGGAAUUUUAAACACCGCGGAAAACGUCUAUGCAUGCAUGCGCAUAUAGGAACUGCAAUAUGCGUGGCAGCAAAUUUAAAUUCUAUUCCAUUAAAACAAGCAAGAAAGUACAGCACACAGGUUGACUAGAAGUUAAUCUUGAUCUCCUAAAAUUGUAUCGAACAGCGGGGAUGUAUGCUUAGUUCAAACAUAAAAUUGACUAAAUAUCAGGCACAUUCGUAGUUAGAAAAUACUUUUAAUUUCAAAAACGUUCGGCCAACGAGGCCGGAAUUCAAAUCCUCCAUGCAUGACCGCAUUAAAAAGAAAAAGCAGCGAAUAAUAUAUACCAUACUAUACCGUACAGUACAGUACAGUUAGUAUAGUACGAUCUAGAAUAUGCAGCACAAUUGUACAUUUGUUACUGUAAUUCAUACUAGAUGGAAUACUAGCUAGUUUUGAUGGAAGAGCAGCUGCGAAAAAUCCAACUAUAGGCCUUCUGGAAGAAAUCGACCUUGCGAACCACCCUGCGAUUCCAGAGCAGUGCUCUAACCAACUGCGCUACAGAGAGACAGAUGACGAGAGAUCCGUGCCCCGGAACCGCAGCAUUUUCACAGCUGCUCCUCCUGGUUAGGUCUGAAAAUUGUAUGUGUUAUCGUACGCUCGAAAUAUUAAUAUUAUGCUAUUCGUAAAUUAAUUAUUUCAAUUCCAGUGUGCCUCCUGUUGGAAAAUGUGGUCGGCCAUUACAGAUAUCCUUGUAUAUUGGAUUUAAAAAUGGGCACUGAGAAACAUAAAGAUUAUGUUGUUAGUAAGGAAGAGGCUGAUCGACGGCAAGCUCGAUGGGACCAAACGACAUCAAAAAGUCUCGGGGUGCGGGUUUGCGGCAUGAAAGUAAGUUUUAUUAUUGCUGCUAGUCGUCCUUUACCCUGGGUAUCAUGCAGAGGUUGUUCCACGCUCGCAGAAGUACCGCAAAAUAUAAACCCUACUAGGCGAGCUGCAUGGAACAACAGGGUAAUCGUUCGUCAAAGAAUAGUAAAUUUGACUGCUGCUGAUCGUUCCUCGAAGGAAUCCCGACACCCAAGUAAUGCCUCAAAAAUGUCCAUUUCGCCGCUCCGUCCUUAUGCUGAAAAUAUCAUCAAAGUCGAUGUAAUCUCUAGUGUUACUGAUAUGCAAUGAAAAAAAAUAUGUGCACAAAUUGAUUUCUUCAAUACAAGUUUCAACAUGGUAUUUAGGAGCCUUUUAUGUUACGUAACAUUCGCUCAAAACUAUAACGAGUAUAUUCCACUUGGUCACAACUACAUUCACAGUGAUGCAUCAAUAAGUUGAAAAUCCAUUCUCGUCCCCCUAGCUAGACCCACAUACCUACCUCAUUAAAAUAUUGCCUACCUCCACAAAAAUAAGAUCUACAGGCAUGAAUGACGUCAAGUUGUUUUAUAGUUGCUUGGUGUGAUAUCGAAGUACAGCUACCGUCUUCUCAUAAAUUUUUGAUGAUAUUUUAGGUUUACCGUGUUACGCAAGCAAGCUUCCUUGUUAAAGGCCAUGAUCGAGAAUUAACUAUAGAAGGUUUUAAGGAUGCGAUCAAAACUUUUCUCUUCAACGGCAUAGAGUCCCGGUAUGACGUUAUCGAGCCUUUUCUAACACAGCUGGGAAAACUUUUAAAUAUCAUGGAACAUCAAUCUUCGUAUCGCUUUUACAACACGUCACUCCUACUUAUUUAUGAAGGUGAUGUGUCAUGGAGGGAACAUAGUAAUAGUUAUUCUUCUGAUAUCGGGGAUGAUCAUCAGAGGCAGACAACGGAUCAAAGAAAAUCAUCGCAUACCACCAAUGUUGGGGUGCGAAUGAUUGAUUUUGCUCACGUGCAACAUAAUAAUCAAAAUAUGAAUUCGGAGUUACGGCAGAUUCUUGAUGAGGGUUACUUGUUCGGGCUUAGAUCUGUUAUUCGAAUUUUAGAAGAAACUUUAAAAGAAUUACAAACUAAUAAUCCCUCGCUAUAGUAAUGUAGUUAUGAAUAUAAUAUAGGUGAAUGAAUAGAUAGAUAGAUAGAUAUAAAUUAGAACUUCUAGCGUGUUAGUCAGUGACCGAUAAUAACUUUAUUUGGGGGAGGGGAGGGGGUUGCGAACCAGAGUAUUUGACACCGCCCAUACGUAUCCCGAUUCGUUUGAAUCCGAAAACAUUUUAUUGCGGAUCUGAGUCCGAAAACAUUUUGUUGCGGUUAAAAACAAUGCACAUCUACAUGUUUUCGAUCGUCCACAUGUAUACGAAUCCAUGAAAACGAUACGAACACGCCAAUUAAUUAAUUACCUACAAACCAACACACGAGCGUGCUCAGCGUGGACUGGAUUGUUGUGUUAUUAGCGUGGGUGUCACUCAAAUUUCAUCGAAACAUUCAAAACAUUCCGUUACAAUGCAUCUGGAUACGUUGCGUUUGCAAAAGUGCAUGUGCACUCUGGGGGCCGUUUUCAAAAGUUUGCAGUUUUGGUGUGCGUUUUCACCGGAUACGUGUGGACGGGGCCUUUGUCAAUCCUGACAUUAGGGCGUUUGGCAACCUACAACGGCAACGACAGAAAACAAAAUUACUAUAGCAUUUUUGUAUUCGACGACGUCGAACGUUUUCUUCUUGUAUAUGUCGCGUUUGUCUUACAGUGAAAUGCUAUUGUUGAUGAGCACGUCUUCAUUGACGUUGACGUUGUAUUUGCCAAACUCAUGCACUAUAUUGGGUAUCUGAUCGAAUCUGAUAUUGCAGUCUUAUUGUCUUUUCAAUUGCGGGCUAUAAUAUUAUAUAUAUGGAGGUAUUUAUACAUUCAAUUAGAAGUACGAUUAAUUUAAAAUAAGUAAUAUAGGUAAAAUUAUUUCGGAAAGACUAGUAGGCGCAAAAAUUCAGUAAGACGUAUUAAAUUAUCGCUUAAUAAUUGCGAUGCUCAUGAAUUAUAUUAAAUCAUGUUGUACGCCACAAAUUCUAAUUGCCAAUGCAUUGCCCAAUGUCCGCGCCACUACUUUUGAAUAAAGAAACAAUUCGCUUUGUUUAUGGGUAAUAGUAUAGCUUCGAGCGCAAUUUGAAAAUGAAAACAUGCAAGAGUGCGACGGACGAGUGCAAUUUCAGAAGUCUUUGAAAAACUCAUGAGUGUAAGUUUUACAAAUUGCACGAGAAACCACACUAAAAUAAUGUAGGGCCUACACGUACAUUGGCAUUGAAUUUUUUGUCACUGUAUUUCGAUAAAAUUGCAAUGCUCUUAGCCAAUCAGAAUUAUAGGUAUUUUUUCAUUUAUUUUAUUAUAAUUCUAUAGAUUCACAUGCGCUAUCAUAAUUAUUUUGGUGAAAGAUUUUACAUGUUUCUGGUUAGACAUUGCAGCAAUAGGGUAUACGUCCUGAUGCAUGGUAUCAAUGAAUUUUCAAAGGAAUAUUUUAAAUUUUGACCUAACAUUCUUGAGUAACCAAACUGUCCAAACAUCCAUUCGUGGUUCAUUGGUGCGACUGACAUAAUAAUAAUUUAUUUAAAAUAUAUAUGUUGCAUGUAUUUAUUUAAAUAUAUGGGGGAGUUAAGUUUGAAGUUUCCGCAUUAGGUAGAACGUAGCUAAUGUAAUUUAAUAUGUAAUCUGAUUUAUCGAGAAUGAAGUCAAUUGUAAUAUAGGUGUGUAAUUUUAUAUUUUAGAAUUAAUAUCUUAUUAUUGACUAUUUAAAAUAUUGUAAUCUAUAUAUGCUGGUAUAGAAAAUUAAAGAUUAAUUUUGAUUAAAAAC